CAAAAGUCAGGUGUCAAUAUUUGUCUACAACAAAAUCGGCAAUUGAAGCGAGAUAUCUACGAUAUUGUUUGUAAAGAAAAUUAUAUAAAAGCAAUAAUGGCUGUAGCACUACCACUUGAAUCAAACCCAGAUGUGAUGAAUAAAUAUUUACAAAAGUUGGGUGUUUCUGAUAAAUGGAAGAUGGUUGACGUUCUUGGUUUAGAAGACGAUGCCCUUGAGUGGGUACCUCAACCUGUACUCGCUGUUCUACUGCUUUUUCCUCUCUCUGAAAAUUAUGAAGAGUAUAGAGUUAACGAAGAGAAUGAAGUGAAGUCUAAAGGUCAAAAUGUACCAAAUGAUGUAUUUCAUUUGAAACAAGUCCUUAGUAAUAUUUGUGGGACCGUGGCUCUUGUUCACAGCGUUGCUAAUAACGUGCAGCAAAUUGACAUUGACGAAGGUCCCUUAAAGAAAUAUUUGAAUGACGCAGAAGGUCUCGAUGCAGCAGCGAAGGGUGCUCUUCUUGAAAAUUCGACUGCAUUUCUUGAUGUCUAUAAAGAUUUGACAGGAAGUGUGGAUGGAGAUGCAGGUGAAACUAAUAAUCAUUUCGUGACUUUCGUACAUAAGAAUGGGAUGUUGGUAGAAUUGGAUGGUCGCAAGUCGUUUCCUAUAAUUCAUGGAAAAACAACCUCGAAAAAUUUCUUGAAGGACGCGGCUAAAAUUUGUCGGAGUUUUAUAGACCGUGAACCCGACAAUAUUGGAUUUAAUGUUGUUGCACUUGUACCAGCUGAAUAAUUUUUAAAUACUCCUAUAAUAAUGAAUUCAGUGCCUUUAGCUCUAUAAUACAUUUUAUGUUAAUUGAACUGUUCUUUAUUUAUUCCUAAAUAAAUAAUUAUGAUAAA